AUGAGAGGCACCGGAGCCAGCUACGAACUACGAACGCGCCAGCAAUGGCACGAGGGUGAGGAGCAGUAUGAGAACGCUGGCAUGACGAGAGGCACCGGAGCCAGCUACGAACUACGAACGCGCCAGCAAUGGCACGAGGGCGAGGAGCAGUAUGAGAACGCUGGCAUGACGAGAGGCACCGGAGCCAGCUACGAACUACGACCGCGCCAGCAAUGGCACGAGGGUGAGGAGCAGUAUGAGAACGCUGGCAUGACGAGAGGCACCGGAGCCAGCUACGAACUACGAACGCGCCAGCAAUGGCACGAGGGCGAGGAGCAGUAUGAGAACGCUGGCAUGACGAGAGGCACCGGAGCCAGCUACGAACUACGACCGCGCCAGCAAUGGCACGAGGGUGAGGAGCAGUAUGAGAACGCUGGCAUGACGAGAGGCACCGGAGCCAGCUACGAACUACGACCGCGCCAGCAAUGGCACGAGGGUGAGGAGCAGUAUGAGAACGCUGGCAUGACGAGAGGCACCGGAGCCAGCUACGAACUACGAACGCGCCAGCAAUGGCACGAGGGCGAGGAGCAGUAUGAGAACGCUGGCAUGACGAGAGGCACCGGAGCCAGCUACGAACUACGAACGCGCCAGCAAUGGCACGAGGGUGAGGAGCAGUAUGAGAACGCUGGCAUGACGAGAGGCACCGGAGCCAGCUACGAACUACGAACGCGCCAGCAAUGGCACGAGGGCGAGGAGCAGUAUGAGAACGCUGGCAUGACGAGAGGCACCGGAGCCAGCUACGAACUACGACCGCGCCAGCAAUGGCACGAGGGUGAGGAGCAGUAUGAGAACGCUGGCAUGACGAGAGGCACCGGAGCCAGCUACGAACUACGAACGCGCCAGCAAUGGCACGAGGGCGAGGAGCAGUAUGAGAACGCUGGCAUGACGAGAGGCACCGGAGCCAGCUACGAACUACGACCGCGCCAGCAAUGGCACGAGGGCGAGGAGCAGUAUGAGAACGCUGGCAUGACGAGAGGCACCGGAGCCAGCUACGAACUACGACCGCGCCAGCAAUGGCACGAGGGCGAGGAGCAGUAUGAGAACGCUGGCAUGACGAGAGGCACCGGAGCCAGCUACGAACUACGAACGCGCCAGCAAUGGCACGAGGGCGAGGAGCAGUAUGAGAACGCUGGCAUGACGAGAGGCACCGGAGCCAGCUACGAACUACGAACGCGCCAGCAAUGGCACGAGGGUGAGGAGCAGUAUGAGAACGCUGGCAUGACGAGAGGCACCGGAGCCAGCUACGAACUACGAACGCGCCAGCAAUGGCACGAGGGCGAGGAGCAGUAUGAGAACGCUGGCAUGACGAGAGGCACCGGAGCCAGCUACGAACUACGACCGCGCCAGCAAUGGCACGAGGGUGAGGAGCAGUAUGAGAACGCUGGCAUGACGAGAGGCACCGGAGCCAGCUACGAACUACGAACGCGCCAGCAAUGGCACGAGGGCGAGGAGCAGUAUGAGAACGCUGGCAUGACGAGAGGCACCGGAGCCAGCUACGAACUACGAACGCGCCAGCAGUGGCACGAGCGCGUGUCUGCCAAAAAUAGCUCACAUGACUUCCGCACGCUACGUUUUCCAGACCACCGGGAAUGCGUGCUGCGACUCGGUAACCACGGAGUCACGCGCCCUGGCUUGCUCAAUUCUCACCGCGCUUUCAAGGAACGGAAACUGUAA